GGUUAAUUUUCAUCAUCAUUUUACUAAAUUUUUGAAAAUGGCUAAUGAAGAAGAGAUGGAGAGUUUCGAUGUGUCAGAAAGAGAUUUGUAUGAUGCUUUCCAACCUGGUCAACGUCGUUUUAAAAAGAUGACGAAAAACCAACAGAUAUAUGGAGUAUUUGAUGAAGAUGAAGGGGAAAAUUUCACUCAGCGGUCAACGUCAUCUUCUGGCCGUCCAGGUUUUUCCAAAUCGUCAACAGCCAAGGAUUACACCACACCAGUUGAUUUUGUCAAAGGUGGUGUUCAGCAGGGAUCAAAAAAGGAGAAAUUACCUGAGAAAAAAACCAAGCUCUUUUCGUAUUCAGAAAGUGACGAAGAAGAUGAUUCCCACAAUAGUGCCAGUGAAAUCAAUCUUACAGCUGGAAAGAAAACAUUGCAGGACAAGAAACAGCCCAGAAAAAUGUUUGAUAGGUUCAGCAAAGAUGCUAAGAGCUCAGGUGCUGGCGAUCUUGGUGAAUGGGAAAAACAUACUAAAGGAAUUGGUGCUAAGCUUCUAUUUCAGAUGGGUUACCAACCUGGAAAAGGACUUGGUAAAGAGUUGCAAGGAAGAAGCCAACCUGUGGAAGCUCAGGUUCGCAAAGGAAGAGGAGCAGUUGGUAUGUAUGGAGCUGAACACAAAAAUGAACCUGCAAAGAAACAAGCAUCAGAUGAUGAAGAAGAGAAAGAGUUCAAGAAAAACUUGGCCCACUGGAGAAAAGAUUUAGUCGAACCAUCGUCGAAGAAAAAAAAGAUCCAAUAUAUGUAUCGUACUUCCGAAGAAGUGAUUGAAGAAAUGUCUAAAGGUGGUGUUCAUAGAAUGGCUCGAGAAUACAGUGAAAUUUCCAAAGCCAAAGUGAUUGAUAUGACAGGCCGAGAACAACGUGUUCUUCAAGGAUACAGCGCUCUGAGAACCAAAAGGACGGAAGAGCCAAGCGAUUCCGAACCUGCACCAGCUGGACUCAAAGUUGAUAAAUUUCAACUUGAAAAACUCUGCUACAACUUGGACACUCUAGUAGACCAUUGUGAACACGAAAUUAUUCAAAAUGCCAAAGAACUCUCCUACAAUCAAGAGCAAAUAUUGGCCAUGGAAUCGCAAGUGAAAAAUAUGAGCGUUGAGGUUUCUAAGGAGAUCACACGAAUGGAAAUGCUUACAUCGAUGCUUGGAGUCCUGGAACAGCUUGAACUGAAACAGGCGACAAACGAGCUAUCUCUAGACUUCCUUUGGGAGCAGAUAAGGAAUUUGGAACAAAGCUACCCGGAAGAAUACGUAUCGUCGGAUCUAGCCAACGUUACUCUGACUUACCUCAUUCCCCUAAUGAAGUUGCGAUUAUCAACCUAUUGGCGUCCCAUGGAUUCUAAAUCAACAGAUGAAGCUUGUCGUUUAAUUUUUCAACGAUGGAGACCUAUCUUGGAAUUUUGCAACAAGACUCAGACCAACAGUCGGGGCGGAAUUGUUAAAAAUGAUAGUCGAAUGGAUCCUUAUCACGGGUUGUUAUGGCAUGCCUGGAUGCCAGCAUUUCGAGGACUCGUUGGACAGUGGACUUGCAAAAAUGCGGAUCCAAUGGUUGACUUGAUCGAGUCGUGGGAGCAAAUUUUGCCAAACUGGAUCAUGGAAAAUAUUUUGGAUCAACUCAUUCUUCCCAGAAUACAAAAAGAAGUAGACAGUUGGAAUCCGUUGACUGAUCUCAUUCCCAUUCAUGCCUGGAUCCAUCCCUGGCUUCCCCGACUAGGAUCAAAACUGGAAAUCGUAUAUCCCAACAUUCGGCAUAAAAUGGCACAAGCGUUGGUGGCUUGGUCACCGUCAGAUCAGUCUGCACGUUCCGUUUUGAUGCCUUGGGUUCCCGUUUUCUCCAAGGGUUCCAUGGAUGCUUUCCUCAUCAAAAAUAUUUUACCAAAACUGCAAGUUGCUAUUGCAAAUUGGGACAUAAACCCCAGUCGACAAGAAUUAGAUGUUUGGCACUGGAUAAUGAACUGGAAAGAUCUUAUGCCUUCCCAAAGCCUUAUACAAUUACUUGUGUCCAAUUUCUUCCCAAAAUGGUUGCAGGUUCUGGUUGCGUGGCUAAACCACCACCCAAAUUACGAAGAAAUUGUGGUUUGGUAUACUGGUUGGAAGGCCUUAUUCCCUCCAGAAAUCGCACAAAAUCCCGCUGUUCAAGAGCAAUUCACAAGAGCGCUGGAUUUGAUGAAUCGCUCAUUGGCUGUGGGAGGGCAAGUGGAUUUUACUCCGCCUCCUGUGCCCAUCAUGACGCCAAUCAUAGCUGCUCCACUUCCAGUUCCGGAGACUGUGGUGCCGCAUGGAUUUCGUGAACUUGUCGAGUACCGUUGUGCCCAGCAAGGAAUUUUGUGCAUUCCGCUUGUCAAUCGAUUUCAAGCUGGAAGGCCCAUUUUCCGAGUUGGAAACGUUCUUUGCUAUUUUGAUCGACAGGUUGUAUUCGUUUUGGUCAAUGGUAUAUGGACUCCUGUAACAGCUCAGCAGUUGCUAGAUAUGGCAGUCUUGUAGAGUGCACUGAUAAAUUUAAUAAUUUUUUUUUACUUUGAGUAAUACAAGCUUUGUUUCUUGA